AAGCUUUCUUUUCCAAUUGGUUUUCACAGGAAUGAAAGUGAAUGUUGUGUUGAUUACUAUCAAGAAAGCGGAACAUGUAAAGUUUGUCCAGAAGGAUGGUUCGGAGAGAAUUGCAUCAAGCGGUGUCCAGAAAAUCAGUAUGGAUCACUAUGUCUUGGAAUAUGUUAUUGCAACCCUAAUGAAACGUGUGAUCAUAUACUAGGAUGUCUUCAAAAAGGAGUGUGCACUGGACAUGACGGAGAGUUCAAAUGUUGUAUUAAUUACUACCAGCAUAUCAAAAACAAAUGCGAGGUUUGUUUUCCGGGUACCUAUGGCCACAAUUGCGAGGAUAAUUGUCCCUAUGGAACGUACGGAUAUCUAUGUCGACAGAAAUGCAAAUGCAACUCAGAUGCCAUCUGUGACAAAAGAUUCGGAUGUGUUGACCAAGAAUAUCCGCCUGGGUCAUUUGGGGAAAACUGUUCAGAAGAGUGUCCAUCGGGAUUUUAUGGUCACUUUUGUGAGGAAAAAUGCACAUGUGAAGACCAAUGUGAUAAGCAAAACGGCUGUGUUCAAACAACAAGUGCGGCAGAUAAUUUAGGCAUUCAUUAUAAUUGA